UCCGUCAGACACAUCCUGAAAAGCGGGUUCUGGUGGCGUUUAAAACCCUGUUGAGACUCAGAGUGAAUUUCAUUUAGUGCUGGAGCUCAUAAACACACAGUUGGGAUGGCAGAGCAUCAAAACGAGGCGCUGAUUCAGCGCGUGCCGAGCGAGGAGACCAUCAUCCCGGGACCUUCACGGAACUCUAAUGGUAAAGCACUGAAGGUGGUCGGACUGACGGUUUUGGCAUGUCUUCUGCUGGCGGGUCAGGCGCUGACCGCUUACUUCGUCUGGGGUCAGAGAGAACACAUCAACGCUCUGAGCAACGGACAAGAGAAACUGAAGGCAGAGCUCACCCGCAAGGUGUCAGCUGGAGCUUCAAAGGUGAUGCACAUGCCCAUGAAGAGUCUUUCACUUCUGAAGGACUACAGCGACGAGACAUCCGACAAGAAACAGAGCGUCCCACUUAUGAAACUGCAGCCAGCUUUUCUGAGCCCGAGAGAGGGGAGCGGACUAGUGGAAGCUUCUAGACUGAUGCCAAAGAGAGUUCAUCAGCCCAUGAGGAGUAUGCCACUCCUGAUGGACCCAGAUGUAGGGAUGAUGAGCACACCUGAAGCAGCCAUUGAGCUGGAGAGCAGAUGUCAGCUGGAGUCGGUGAGGGAGGUGAGACCCGGAUUCUUCCGCCCUCAGUGUGACGAGCAGGGCAACUAUCUGGCCUUGCAGUGCUGGCACAGUACCGGAUACUGCUGGUGUGUGGACAAGGACGGCAAUGAGAUCAAGGGAACACGCGUCCGUGGAAGACCACAGUGUGGCUCAGAUGCUGACAUUCUCAAUGAGUGAUUGAGGUCAGUAUUUCUAGAAACGAAGGUUAUCUCCACCGACAACUAUGUGUGAUCUCCAACAAUAAAGUCAAGGAGUUUCUCCUAUCCUGAUCAACUACUAUUACUCCUUUAGUCAUUAGUUACUCUGUCCUGAUGGUAAUUCAGAUGGGAAUAUUUGGGUGAUCCAAUAAUCUUGCUACUUUAGAUCUCUUCUCAUGAUCUGUGUUUAGAAUAGAAACAAACGCAAUUAUAAUAUUUCUAAGAGAUUGUCUAACCCUUGUUCCAAUAGUCUUCUAUUGUGUAAUGUUAUUACUUUAGGUUUUCAUUUUUAACCCGGGCAUGUUCUCAGAGAUGCUAUUGAAUAUUAGAGUGAUUAUAAACCAGAGAGAGUGUAAAUAUGAGAUGUUUAAUAAACACAUGCUCUUUUCAAAUGUGAGUAAA